CUCGGAGCUAAAGGACAAAAGCACCCGAUUGGUUGCGCUUGUGAGUGAGGGCAGCGAUAACCUCUCAGCGAGGGCGGGAGGGCCUCUGGUGGGCGUACUCGAGCUGUCCUGGCCAAUCGGAAGCAAGAAUGACAAUGUCCUUCGAUGACGUCACAAUUCUUCCAUAUCGGUUGAGGGCAAAAUCCCCCAAUCCCACCUAAAAUGUGUCUUGUAUAGAUUACACAAACAUAUCUCUUAAAUUUGCAGAGCUAUUUUUUCUAUGCAUUACGGCAAUACAUUGUAUUAUCAAAUGUUAAUUUAUAUGACGGGACCUUUCAUUCCUUUCUUGCUUGACAGUGUGAUUUAAUUAAUGCAUAUGUGUGGAAUAAAAACAGCAGAAACGACCCUCGAUUAUGAUGUCUGCGCGCACGUCAUAAAAUUCGUCUCACCAGUGACUCCUAUUUUUUUAAUUAAUGUCAGCUAGUUUGAAUGAACAGAAAACCUUUGGUCUAAAAACGUCAGAGUAUAUUUCAGACUAGAUGACGAUAGGGGUAGGGGAGGGAGAGAGAGAGAGAGAGAGAUCCAGGAUCAUUGCCAUUCACAACCAUCCUCUUCUUUCUCCUCCUCCUCCUGCUCAACAUCAUCAGUGUUGUUGUGAGAGCGGAUCGUACGUCGACAUUUAGCAGCAAGUGGCUUGUUUUCAGGAGCAAAAUGCAAGCAGGCUGAGCUUGAGGUGUAAACAAGAACUUGAAGCGAUGCCUUGGGAUACGCGUGACCCGACUGAGGUGUUUCGAGAUACGAGCCGUUAUUUCUUUUUUUUUUUUUGCUCCGACUUGCCCGGCCAACUUGAGAUAGCAGCAGAAUGAUUGUCAACAGUGCCGUUUGCCUUUGGAGAUUGCAUUUUAAGGUCGUAUGACCCAGCUUCGGGUCUAAGGAAAGCACCGAGGGCCGCAAGAGCUUUCCUGCUUCCAAAGUGACAGCUCGCUGAUUUCUUGUGCGCAAACACGAUGCACAUUUGCAUUGUGAAGGGAGGGGCUGCCGUUUGGAUUCCACGAGGCUUGCUGUCCAUUUGCUAAGUGCACCGCUGACUUCCAAUGAGGAGCCGUGACGGACGAAGACAAAAGACGUGUUUGUGGAAGCGCUGAGCGAGCAAAGCCUUUCGUCACCCUUGUCACUCAUUAAGCUUUGUGUUCUUUGUACUUACGAUCAACUCUCACCCGCAGCCAUGACGAAAGAGGAGAGCCUGGAGAUGCAGGAGAAGGAAAGGCACGACCGCGACGAGCAGGAGGACGGGAGGGUCCAAAGAGAGGAGGAUGAGGAGCUGACGGAGGAAGAAGAGGAGGACGAGGAGGACGAGGAGGAGGAAGAGGAGAAGGGCGAAGAAAGAGCCCAAGAUGAAGACGAGCGCGCCGGGGAGCAUGAGGACGAGGGGCAGCGGGAGCCGCUGGUAGACGAGUCCUCGGGCAGGGAAGGUGACGGCGCACCCGACGAGAGCGAGCCGCCGUCUGUGUCCGCGCUCCAGAGUCCGGUCCACGAGACCCGACGCCGAGCCAUGGUGCACCCUUCUGCGCAGGCGCCCCUUCCCAAAGACUACGCCUUCACCUUCUUCGACCCCAAUGACCCGGCCUGUCUGGAGAUCCUCACGGACCCCCGGACCACCAUCCCGGAGCUGUUCGCCAUCGUGCGUCAGUGGGUUCCCCAGGUGCAGCACAAGAUCGACGUCAUCGGCAACGAGAUCCUGAAACGCGGUUGCCACGUGAAUGACCGUGAUGGCUUGACGGACAUGACGCUUCUCCACUACAGCUGCAAGGCGGGCGCGCACGGCGUUGGCGACCCGGCGGCGGCGCUGCGGCUGACCAGCCAGCUGAUGUCGCUGGGCGCCGACGUGAGUUUGAGGAGCCGUUGGACCAACAUGAACGCUCUGCACUACGCCGCCUACUUUGACGUUCCGGAACUGGUCCGGGUCCUGCUGAAGGCUGCCAAACCCAGAGUUCUGAACUCCACGUGCAGUGACUUCCACUACGGGACGGCUCUGCACAUCGCCGCCUCCAACCUGUGUUUGGGUGCAGUCAAGUGUCUUCUGGAGCACGGUGCCAACCCCACCGUCCGGAAUGAGAACGGCCACGUCCCCGGUGAGGUGGUCCCCGACCCCAUGGACAUGAGCCUGGACAAGGCCGAGGCGGCCAUGGUGGCCAAAGAGCUGAAGCGGCUGCUCCUGGACGCCGUUCCGCUGAGCUGCAACCUUCCCAGAGCCACGCUGCCCAACUACGACAACAUUCCCGGGAACCUGAUGCUGUCCUCGCUGGGCAUGAAGCUGGGGGAGCGCGUGGUGCUGGACGACAUGAAGACUGGGACACUGAGGUUCUGCGGCACCACAGAGUUCGCCAGUGGGCAAUGGGUCGGCGUGGAGCUGGACGAGCCGGAGGGAAAGAACGACGGCAGUGUCGGCGGCGUUCGCUACUUCAUCUGCCCCCCCAAACUCGGGAUCUUUGCUCCGGUGUCAAAGAUCUCCAAGUCUGCGGAACAGAACCUUUCCUCCGUCACCUCCACGCCUCGGACCCCCCGCAUGGACCUGGCCUCGCGCCUCGCCGGGAAGACCAAGAAAGAGAAAGAGAAGAAGGAGAAAGCCCUGAAAAAGAAAUCGUCAGUCGUUAGUCUGGACCCAGAAGGACUGAACGCUGAGGUCGGGGAUCAGGUCUUGGUGGCCGGGCAGAAGCAUGGCGUUGUGCGCUUCUUUGGAAAAACAGACUUUGCGCCAGGUUUAUGGUUCGGUGUGGAGCUGGACCAGCCCACCGGCAAACACGACGGCUCCGUGUUCGGGGUGCGCUACUUUAGCUGCCUCCCCAAAUACGGCGUGUUUGCCCCACCCUCCCGGGUCCAGAGGAUCGGCGGACCCAAGGAGGGCUCCCGGAACGAGCAGAACUCCGCGGUGAAGAAAGUCCACCAAGUCACCAUGUCUCAGCCCAAGCGAAACUUCAACACGGUUCGUUCUGCCAAAGAUCUGACCUCCGAGAGCUCCAUAUCGAGGUUGCUGUUCUGCUGUUGGUUCCCGUGGAUGCUGCGAGCUGAGAUGCAGUCCUAACCGCGUCCCGCGUCCCUUCUCCUCCUCCAGCAAACCUUCUAGCUACCCAUCACUGUCGUUGUCCAACCUGGUGAAAGCCUUUUGUCCCUCGCUCUCAGCUCACGUUUCUUCUCGAGUGUUUCCUCGCACUCUCGCGUUCUUCUCGCUUAGCCGUUGGAAAUCUGUAGUGCCUUGUUGAAAUGUUGAGCAGAUGUUCCGCGUUCCCGCUAAAGAAACCCUCGCCGCCGUCGCCCACAAACUCCUCUCUCGUGGUUAGCACCCCGCCUUUCUAGCUCGGCUAACGUUAGCUCCGACCGCCACGUGUUUUGAUUUUGCUCUGCGGCGCGUGUGCUCUGAGCUACAAAAGCGCCCGCAAAGUGGUUUGCUUUCAGACAACAACUCUUUGUGUUCAUCUUUUGUUGCUUGUUUCCUUUUUUCCAUCUCGCGGAGCCGGCGCGUUGAUCGAGAGUUGAAAGCUUCAUCGCAGAGACGUCUUUCGCAAUGUGAAAAGGGGGCGGGGGAUAUUUAAAAAUCCGUUGAUCCUUUUUGUCUGCUGCGUGCUCAGAGAACAUCAAGUUUUGUUAGGCCUUCGGCGAGCAGCUCCAUCCCGUUCAUCCACCGGAUCACGAGUUGAUCGCGAAACCUGUUGGAAUUGACUAGAUCGUAGACCUCGUUGAAAUCAAGUCGAAGGCCAUCCCAAGUUUUGACCGAAACCGCUCAGC